CACUUCCUCAUCGUCACACAUCGUCGUUGCUAAGCUUGAAACCUUUUGUCCCUGACGCUGGGUCGGGAGUCAGUCUGUCAGAGUGAAAUGCAAGGCGGUGGUGGCGCUCGGUAGCGUGAAACACAUGUCAGUCCGCCCAUUCUAAAAUUAAUAAUGUAAUUGUAGGUGAGAGGAACACUUUGAUGGAGCGGGCGCUGCGUGUUCCUCAAUGGGAAAUUUGUUGGGCAACUGGCGAUUCAAGGAGCCGAGCACUGUAGAGGAAUGCGACUCGACGUGGGGGUCGGACUCGGAGGGCGAUGAACCGGCGGCGGAAGAGGACAGCGGCAUCUCCGAGAGUGUGAGCCCGGCGGAGAAUGACUGGCUGACCGGUAACAAUGGAGACUCGUCCCCGAAGAUGGGUGAAUCUCCAGAGUUUCUUCCCAAGAUGAAGAGAAGUUUUUAUGCUGCCAGAGACUUGUACAAAUAUCGCCACUGCUAUCCGAAUUAUAAAAAGUCCCGGCAAUCCAACGAGUACCGAAACCUGCGUUUCUACCUUAACAAGAUCCCACUUGUACCUGAUGGUAUCUAUAUAGAGGAGAUUUUGACAACGUGGAGAGGUGACUAUGACAAGCUGGAGCACAAUCACACCUACAUUCAGUGGCUGUUCCCAUUACGAGAACAAGGGCUAAACUUCUACGCACAUGAAUUGACUCAGGAUGAGAUUAAAGAAUUCCAAAGCACUCGGGAAGCCAAGCGAAGGUUCUUGGCAGCUUAUUCCCUUAUGUUGGACUUCUACGGCAUCAAACUACUUGAUAAGAGUGGAAAUGUUGCUCGUUCUUCCAAUUGGCAGGAGCGCUUCCAUCACCUGAAUGAGUCACAGCACAACUACCUGCGCAUAACUCGUAUUCUGAAGUCGCUGGGCGAGCUGGGCUACGAGGCUUUCAAAGCUCCAUUGGUCCGCUUGUUCUUAGAGGAGUCGCUAUGUCACAGCACGCUUCCCAACAUGCAACACAGCAUCCUGGAAUACUUUGUCUACACCAUUCGCCGGCCAGCCGCUCGCAGAAAGUUGCUGCGCUACGCCCGUCAGCACUACAGGCCUGCUCACGCCUUCCUCUGGGGUCCACCGCCGAAGAGAUCCAAAGCUAGAAGUGGAGAUUUCGAUGCUAGUGUGGGUGCUGGAAGCAGCGGCAUCCGAGCACCAGCUCCCACACCUGAACCGCAGAGGAAGGGGGAGAUGAGCUUCAUCCCUGCCUCCGCAUGUAGCGGGACACUUGUGUCUUACAAUGAUGCCACACAAUGCCAGGAUGUGGCUGCAGAAAGCCCGAAUGGAUUCAAACAACUGGGAUCCAGCAUGGAUGGAAUGGAGAAUGCACUUAUUAUGAUGCUAGAAAGGAAGGAGUACGGUGAGGUUGUUCCUUUGUAAAGUCUCAGUUCACUGCAUUGACUGAUACUGGCUUUGAAACACUUAAGUACAUACUGGACUGUCUCAGAAAAUUAGAAUACACAAUAUUCUAAUUUUCUGAGACAGUCCUGUACAUUAAUCCACCAUUUAAAGCAGGGGUGUCCAAACUUUUUGCAAAGGGGACCAGAUUUGGCGUGGUAAAAAUGUGGGGGGCCGACCUUGGCUGACGUCCUUUACAUAGAACAAUCUACAGGACUGUCUCAGAAAAUUAGAAUAUUGUGUAUUCUAAUUUUCUGAGACAGUCCAGUAUGUUAUGUUUUCAGGAGCCAUUCUAUAGGUAAAUGUGAAUUAAGACAAAACUGUAGGGAAGAUAUUUAGUGACAGAACAAUUUCCUAAGGGCUUAUGAUAAACAGACUUCAUUCAUUUAAGGUAUUAUUCAGAAUGUUGGCUAGGACAGAACAACAAAGCAAGACUACUUAAUGGACUAAAACCAUGUGAACUGGUUGAGGCCCAAAUCAGGGAUAUUUGAACAUAAGACUAAAGAUGGCCUUAUAUUUUUGGGAGUUGGAACAUUAUCCAACAAGGUUAGUGAUGUUUUUGAGCAGAUGCUUGCCAUGCUGAGCCAGUUAAUCGAACACUGGAAUUAGAGCUACGAUAGUAAUUAGGAGCAUGAUUUAUAUGACAAUGUGAAACUGGAUUUCAGGGAGAAUCUUUAUAUUAUUACUUUUCAAACUCAGUAAAAAUAAUAAAUAGGGUCAGGCAGGAUAGGUUAAGAACACAGCAAUACUUUACCAAUUACAUAUAUACAGUAUAUAUUUUAGAGUAAUCUCUAAUUUAGGUUUUAUCCUUAAAUGCUGUGAAAAUAGACAAAAAAAGUGAAACAUUUUAAGCCUAAAUAUACCUUGUAAGGAACUUUCACACUACUAUUCAGACAUAUUAACGCCACUCAAUGGUAUUACACUUUAAAAUGGGCCAUGCAUUUUUACUGGUAUCACUACUUUCUAUCUAAAAAUAAUAUUGCAAUAAAUAAUUGCAGGCUGUGGUUCAUACUUUCUGCGUUCCAGUCUUAAUUAUCCUAAAACUGCAGGAUCAUAUUUUUUCCACAACUGGUUUAUAGUAUUCACUAUUAUUAUUGUAAUUGAAAAUGUGCCACGUGUUAUUAUAUACAGACACUUCAUAAAUUAUGAUCAACCAAUAAACACGUGUCAACCAACAAAUUUAUAAAUACACUUUAUAGAUCCUCAACAAUGACACUUAUUUGUAAAGUGUGCUGUACAGUAUCUCUAAAUCUUAAUUGCAAAUAUUAUAGUGUUAGUGUAUUUUUCAAUUACAAUAUAUAUAUACAGGGUUAUGUGUUUUUUCCUGAAUAAAAAGCCAGAUCUACUGGGGGAGCUUAAAAUAUAUGUACAGCAAUUCUCAUGAAACCACUUUACUAGUAACAUUACAGUGCUAAAUUUUCAAUAAUGUAGUUUUUGUAAUAUAUUUUUUUUUCAGUGCGGCCCUUUGUAAUUUAGGAAUGAAUAGUGUGACAUUCGGAUAGAAUAGUGGACCUCAAAUAUGGCUGCCUGUCACCUAAAAGCCUAUACCCAGCUGGCUGAAAAUAUCAAUCGAUUAACAUGUGGUGUGCUGAACUUUAAUGACAAUCUAUGUCUUCCUGUUAAAAUACUGUUAGGUUAUUUAUAAUAGGUAAUAUUAGACAGCUGUAUAUUAUAUAUACAAGUUAAAUCUAUGCUUUUUAGAAUUCACAUGUAGAUUGAGUUAAUGUAAACUCCCACAAUGGAGGUACUGUAUGUUUUCAGCAUAGCAAUUUGACAAACGGACUGUGAUAGUGAAUUGUGUGUGAACUAUAAGCCCAUUAAUGUGACACUGUAAACCUCUGAUGAGGGGAUGAAGAUGCACGAGCAAAGAUAAAAAAAAAAAAAUCUUUGGUGAUAAUAGUUUUUAUAUUCAAGCUGAAUUGAAUGCUAUUGAAUGCUGAUUGUGUAUGUGACGCCAUCAAGUUUUAGGGUUUUACAAUAUAACAGCACCACAGGAAUUGCAUAUUUUACCCAGCCAGUCAGGCCUUUGAAAAUUCAUCACAGUGUAUUACAAUAUAAUUUGUCAGAUGCUUGAGUUUGCAAAACAAACGCCUUCAAUGACUUGUGUUCUUCCUGCUGGCUGACAAGACUUGCAUUUGAUAAAAGUGGAAAACAAACUUUUCAGGUGAAAUGUGUUCACAUGGGCUAAACUAAUUGACUUUUUUAGCAUAGUGUAUGCAUUAUCUAUAUAUGUUAUGUAAGCGUGUGUAACAUACUAUUAAGUGCCUCUUUUGUAUUUUAUUGAGUGUCAGAAAGGAUGGUAUUUCCCAAUAACUUUGCGUGCAUUGGUUUUUGUAUAGAUUUUACUGUUCAUUUAAAUAUAUAACUAGUAUUUACUGAGUAAUUUAUUUGGGGGGAAAAGGAAUAUAUUGCACGUUGUGGAAGAGUAGAGGACACAUGUUGGAGUAGUUUGUAUUGGGCUCAUUUAAUCACUAUGAUUGUGCCAUGUUUCACUGUUCUUAUAUUAGUACUUUGUGUACUUUACGGUAUCAGUAGGCUUAUGUAGAGCACACAAAAUCAAAAUAAAUCCACAAUGAAACAUUUUUUUUUUUUGUGGUUCAAGAUUGUGUUCAUUAGAGAAAUGUUGCCUUUAAAAUUUCACAAACGUGAAGGAACGUGCAAAUGUACAAAGUCUGAUUAUAUGAUUAAUUA